GGUCGGUCACGGCACGAUUUCCGCACUUCCCUGUUUUUCAAAUGCUCGCAUUGCGAACUCUCGGAGCUGCUCGAUUGACUUCUGUUCGAUUCGCCACUACGUACAAUCAGAUCCCCACCCACGCUGGUAAAACUCCUCCCACACUUGAAGAGUUCGAUCCAUUAAACCCUGGAGAAUGGCAGCUUGGAGCAGCCGGAAAAAUUCUCCCUCGUCUACCUGAAGGGACAAGGGUUGGAAAACUAGUCAUGGGCAAAUAUGGUCUGUAUGACCCCAAGCUUCGGAAGCGAGUCGACGCUUAUGCCAAAGCUCUCCUAGAUGGCAAAAAAUCUGAGGAGGCCGCUCCAUUCGACAGGGCUUUGACUAGAGUCGUCAAAGCAUUAGGUCUUGCUUGCUUCAUUCUCGGCAUCUACAACUUAGUCGUGCUCACCUAUGGCAAGCCUCUACCUCCUUACUCGUACAUGAUCAAAACCAGGGAAUAGUUUAUUGGCUAGCAAGAUGUAGAUAAAUGGUUACUGCUACAUUAUGUUGCAUGUUAUGCAGGUUGAUUCCUCAGCUAAUAUUUUGUAUACGAACUGUCCCAAAAGUUUUUUUUCAUAAAAAGGUACCAUGCGAAGUCUAACUAGAAUCAUCAAUAAAAACAUUUGUAAUU